CAAUCAUGUAAUACAGGAAGCAUUUGUCUUUUUAGUACUUAAGGAAAAAAAAAACGCUGGAAAACAAUGGUAUUAGCAGUUUAAUGUUUCAAAGAACACCGCUCGUUACCAAGUUUUUUUUCGUCCAGGGUUUUGACGGAGCCCACUGAAAUUUAGUCAUGGAGGUGCCUUGCUACCUGCCCAAGCUGCUUUUCGAGCUCAACGAGCAGCGGAAGCGGGGCUACUUCUGUGACUGCAGCAUCCUCGUUGAGGGCCGCGUCUUCAAGGCCCACCGCAAUGUCCUGUUUGCGGGAAGCGGUUACUUUAGGGCUCUUUUGGUUCACUAUUUACAGGAUAGUGGACAGCGCCAAAGCACAGCAUCUUUAGACAUAGUUACGGCUGAUGCCUUCUCCAUCAUCCUGGACUUUCUCUACUCUGGCCGGUUGGCCUUGAGCAGCAGCAGUGUCAUCGAGGUGAUGUCAGCAGCCAGCUACUUGCAGAUGACCGACCUGGUGAACCUUUGCAAAAAAUACAUCAGCUCCUCUUUGGAAAUUUGCAACAAAGACAAGGAGGCCGUAAAAGAGGAGGAGACUCCAGGACAGGAAGGACGAUACAGACCUGCGGACAGCGGCACUCCUGCUGCAUCGAAGUCGAGUAGUGUUGGGGCAGAGGAGCCUCGUUCACAGGUUAUAGAAGCAGAUGGGGCAUCUAUAAAGCAAAUUCCAAGUCCUUUGUGCAUGCCCGGCAACACCCCUGCAGGUCCAAGCAGAGACAUGAACGGCGACUACCAUUCUGGUGCUGAAAGACCAAAAGCAAAAACAGAUCAGACUAAUCUCUCCUCGACUUCGUGUUCCGAUUUGACCCUAGAGUUAGUGAACCCCAAGAUAGAGUAUGACCCAGAUGAGGAGCUUUUGGAAUCUCCUGACAAUAAAGACAUGCCGUCAUAUCCCGGCCCCUCUGUUCCUCAUCAUAGCAGACAUGGCAUACUUCCCCCAAAUUUUAACACCGAGCGCUCCUCUGUGGGUUAUGGCUCUUCUUUUAGUGCCCGGCAACUGAUGGAGAUGCUGGCCAGGGGUGAAGGCCCUAACCCAAUGGUGGACCGAGGGAGCCAGCGCAUUACCCAAAGACCACCAGGUAGCAUCUUGGGAGUCAGCCGAAUGGAAGACAAUUUGGGUUUUGUUGGAUCAUCUGUAAUGGAAAUCCAAUCUGAUUGGAUUGGAGAGGACACAGGUGACAGCUUACUGGUUCCUGUCAAACUGCACAAGUGCCCCUUCUGUCCGUACACGGCCAAGCAGAAGGGAAUAAUGAAACGGCACCUUCGCUGUCACACAGGCGAAAGGCCUUUCCCCUGUCCCAUGUGUGGCAAGAGGUUCACAAGGCAGGAGCAUCUUCGCACCCACGCCCUGAGCGUCCAUAGGCAUGACUUGCCCGUGUCAUGCAAGAGCUGCAGGCGAAUCUUCUCCGGAUCCAGCGUAUCUCCGGGAUUCCGACGCUACGGCAUCUGCGACAGCUGCAACUGCGUGACCACCACUCACGUCGACUCCACCCCCCUGCUCGUGGCCGGCAAAGCGGACCCCACGGAACGUGAAGACGGGGGCACCGAUUGGGCCAGUUUCAUGGACGACGUGGACGAGGUGGAGGUUGGCAGAGUGGAAGACCUAGUGGAGAAACAGAUGCUUGAAAGGCAGCUGACUGCCUGUGAUGAUGUAGGUCACAAUAUGUGAAUUUUAUAGGUCUAUACAUAUUCCGCAAGAACAGAUCUUUUUUUUCCUCUCUCUCAGGGCUGUGAAAAUAGAACGACGUAUUAUUAUUUUUUUUAUUGCGGCACUGAUUUGGGAGUUCUCACUGCUUGUUCUUGACACAUUCUCUCGACUGAACUUUUUUCUCAUCUGGUGUCUGAGAAUUAAAGCGUGAGUGAUCAGAAAUUUUAAGUGGUUAAUGCAGAAUGUUAUUCUCGCUUUUUUUCCAAAGUGAUAGUUGUCAAACGAUGAAUAGUUUUGAUCAGCUAGUCGAGGCAGUGAGCAAGUACAAUGAUCUCUACAUGUUGUGUAAAGGCGUCUUUAUACUCCCGCGGUCAACAACGCCCGCAUUGCAUCACGUGACCGACGCCUUGGCCCGCGUGCCCACUAUGCGUCACUUGACGCUCACGGCAAAAAUUGUUGCUGCGCGUAGAAUGCCGCGGAGAUCAUCUCUCGUAAUUGGUCCAUUUUUAGUCACAUGCUGUGAUGACGUACUCAAUGUGCCCCCCGGUUCUACAUACUAUCUACGCUGCUGCCUUCUUGAUCGAUUUUGCAGCAUAAUUAAACGUAUAAUUUUUUCCACGGUCGCCAUUGUUCUUGCUUUGUUCCUUGUUACGGAAACGAAAGUAAAAAGAGCUACCAGAAAUGGCCAAAAAAUGCUGAGGAAACUCCAUCCUGUGGUGUCCUAGCCAAUACCAGCCGUAGCGAUACCCCCGACUUGGAGGUGAACUGCAGUACAUUUUCAAAACUGCGUACGUGGGUUGCGCUCGAAUAUAAAGGCAAACUGUGCACGUGAUAGCCGCAGUGACGUAAGCGUGGUCGCCGCCUGGAAUGAUUAUAAAGAAGCCUAAGGUAGCGCCUCCUGACCUUUGUUGAGCCAAGGCACGUAUUUCACAUUAGAAUAAAUCUCACACCAACAAACACAAAUGUCAAAAAGUGGCUAAAUAGGUCAAUUAUAGAAAUUCUUCAGUCUAAUGGAAGAACAUUUAUUCUGCCAGCCUGUCACUGUCUAUACCUGGAAUGCAUAGAUGACCAAAGAUACAGUAUUUUUUGGAAGAAUUAAAUGCAAUUGGAAAAUUUCCUGCUUCACACCUGAUGAUUUCUCAUGGCACACUGGUUGAGAAUCACUGGUGUAAGAGGAAUAUAAAGACACAAAUGGUGACUAAAUCAUGGAAUCCAGAAUAUUGUGCAUGCAGGAAAGCAUCUGUUGCAAAAAGCCCACUACUUAUUAGCGUGCGUCAUUAUUCACAAGGACUUCUCGUGAAGUGUCAAACGUCUUGGCCAGGACGAACUUUGCUCGUUCUUGCCACUAAAGACUUUCUUUGUUCUUGCGGUUUAUGUACAGGCCUUAAGUCAAAUGGACUGGACGAAAUUAUGAUUCAUCCUUGAUUUUCAUUAAUUGAUGUAUCUAAUACCAGAAAUGUCUCUUCGACUCAUGGAGACAUCCCUUGAUUUUAGGUUAGCUUUAGCGGGGUGCACAUUUUCAGCUUUUUAACAUCUUAACUGACUAGUAAAAUCAAUGCGAAAACUGACACACAAAGAAAAACUUGGCAGGUGUUUGCUUACUAUUCUUUACAGUGUGAUGACAAGAUGACCAACACAGCAGGCUACACACAAAAUCGCUGCUGCCAAUCACGAGUCUCCUCCACCAAACCAAGUGCAGCUUUGGGAUAGACAUAGACCAAUCACGAUCGCCUUUGCAUCCGCAAAGUUGUGAAGAGUACCAGUGUUGAUUAUAAUUGACUUAAUUGUAAUCCCACUUGAAACAAAAAGCAUAAAGUGGCCAUUUGUGGUGAUAGUAAUAAUUCAGCCUUGCAGACGAUACAUUUCGUUGACACGCGUCAAUGACGUGACAUCUUCUUUAGUCGACAUCUUCAUGAAAUAUUAUGUCAUCGAGGAACGAUGAUAACAAUCAUUGCUAUCUCCUGCCGCCUCGCUCCUCAAUGGAAUUUCUGGUGGGAGGGGCUAGCAUGUAAACAGGAACCUAGGAAGUUUCAAAUAUAGAAAUGAGAUGAGCCCGUAGUAGUUAUUGUAGUACUAUGUACAGACACUCAACACAACUAGUUGCUUCUCUGGUUGUUUCAGCAACAGUGUGAGGUCGCUUGUUGACCACGCACAUAAGGAUGUGCGGCCGUAAAUAUUGGGAAGCUUUAACAUUUAUGAUUGUCGGCCCUGGCCGUUUUCUGAGCAGAUCGGUAAGGAAAAAUCCCUCAUAAUACAGCCCACACCACAGGUUAAUCUUUUAGUGACAGCUGACAAUCAGGCCUUUUGCUGACUUUGAGCGAAAGAGGGAAAAUGCUUGAUUUAGAUCAGAUUAUCUGUAUUUGUGUACCUCGCUUUAGGUAGAUGCUUUAUUGAUUAAAUUGUGUGUGUUGUUUAGGCAAUGUUUUGUUCCCCCGCUCACUUCCGUGUCUUGUGUAUGCAUUUUAUAUACUGAAGAUUCAAUCCAAUGAUGACAAACUCUU